AUGGCACCCGACGAGAUCACCAAUUCGCACACGCCGACCGAGGGCCUGAAGAAGGAGACGGACCGCCCCACGAGUCCUACGCAAAUUCCUAAGAACACCCACGCCGAAGAUGCAGCGCAGUCGGAUGGCGACAGCGACCCGCGCGGCAAGUAUACAGCCGACGGCAAACGGGAGCUUACCGAGGACGAAUGCUACGAAAAGCUAGGGUUCUGCUUCCCAUGGUACAAGAAAUGGGCCAUCUUGACCGUGAUCUUCACGGUGCAGAUGUCCAUGAACUUCAACUCCAGCGUAUAUGCGAACGCGGUGACGCCGCUGUCCGAACACUUCCAUAUCAGCGAACAGGCGGCCCGUGUGGGGCAGAUGAUUUUCCUGGUCUCGUACGCCUUUGGCUGCGAACUGUGGGCGCCGUGGAGCGAGGAAUUCGGGCGCUGGCCCAUCAUGCAGCUGAGCCUUUUUCUGGUCAAUAUCUGGCAGAUUCCCUGCGCACUGGCGCCCAACUUCGGCACCAUCGUCGUCUGCCGGUUCCUGGGCGGUCUCAGCUCCGCCGGUGGCUCGGUCACGCUGGGAAUGACGGCGGACAUGUGGGAAGCUGAUGAUCAAGGGUUCGCAGUGGCGUAUGUGGUCCUGUCGUCGGUCGGUGGCACCACCAUCGGGCCCAUCUUCGGCGGGUUGAUUCAACAGUGGCUCCCGUGGCAGUGGAACUUUUGGAUCCAGCUGAUCUUCGGCGGGGUCACGCAACUGAUGCACUUCUUCUUCGUGUCGGAGACGCGGUCCACCAUCCUGAUCGACCGCGAGGCGAAGCGCCGCCGGAAGACCGGCGAAGACCCCGACUGCUACGGCCCCAAUGAGAUGCGCACGCCGCGCCUCGACGCCAAGGAUGUCCUGCACGUGUGGCGCCGUCCCUUUGAGAUGUUCGUGCGCGAGCCCAUCGUGCUGUUCCUGUCCCUGCUCUCCGGCUUUUCCGACGCCUUGAUCUUCACCUGCAUCGAGUCGUUCAACCUGGUCUUCAAGCAGUGGGGCUUCCAACCCUGGCAGAUCGGCAUGUGCUUUGUGGCCAUCAUUAUCGGAUACGUGGUAGCGUACGGUAUCUUCCUGCCGGACAUCUGGCGGCAGCGCCGAGUGCGGCAGAAGCACGGUAAGGACGCGCGCUUUCCCGAGCGGCGCCUGCUGCUCCUGCUGUUCAUUGCGCCGCUGGAGACGGUCGGACUGUUCGGGUUCGCCUGGACGUCCAUGGGCCCGGACUACACCCACUACCUUGUGCCGUUGGUGUUUGCGUUCCUGAUCGCCAUCGCCAACUAUGGCAUUUACAUGGCCACGAUCGACUACAUGGUGGCCGCCUACGGGCCGUACUCGGCCUCGGCCACGGGCGGCAACGGGUUCGCUCGCGACCUGCUCGCCGGGCUGUCGGCCAUGUACGCGACGCCGAUGUACAGCAACAUUGGCGCCAACACGCGGUUCCACCUGCAGUGGGCGAGCACCAUUUUGGGGUGUCUGGCUAUCAUCGUGACGAUCCCCAUCUACGUCUUCUACUGGAAGGGGCCUGAGAUCCGGUCGCGGAGCAAGUUUGCGCAGACCCUGGCGGCUGACCGACGAAAGAGCGAAGGGCGGCGGGCGAGUCGACUGGCAGGAGAGGAGAAGCCGUAUGGUGUUUAG